GCUAAUGUAGGUUAAUAGCAACAUUUGUGUUUGGAGUAUCUUUAAGUGGGUAUUGUUUUCUUUAAAAAUAAAUAAAUAGCAUUUAAAGCUGUGGAGUUGGUGCGUCUUUAAAUGAUCAAGGCUACCUCAAAUGAAAUACCCAUAAGUCAAAUCACUACACAGGUGGAAUGAGUGCCAAAAGGAGUGAUGCCAAGUUGUAUGAAAAGUUUAAAGUGGGAGCACCAGAAAUGCUGGCCCAAAUCAUCCAGCUGCUUGCAUUCUGCCGUAAACUGGGCAUCCAUGUGCCACGAGGGGUCAAGAACCUCUUUGAGUUCACAUGGGAGGAGCUAACAGUAACGACACAGAGGAAAGCCGUAACUGGAGAGUACUAUCCUGUGGUUCACUUUGUUCCCACCAUGGAAUCAUCUUUCUCUAGCACAACCUACAAGAGCCAUGCAGUCAGGAAAUCUAUCACAAGAGGCACAUUGUCAGAGCCCUGCUACAUGUCUCCUUCAGCAGAAAAUCAACAAAUACUCCUCAAGUUCCAGCGAAGGUCAGUCCACCUGUUGAGUGAACUUCUCAAGCUGAAGAUGAAGGCCAUGAUUGAUUCUGUUACUGGACGUAGCUCCGAGGAGGUCACCAGAAAGUUUUUGGAGGCAGGUCAGCUGCUAUGUCCCAAGAACCAGGAAGAGGCUGCAGAAUUAAUGGCACCCAAAAAAAAAGUGUCGCACCUCAAGACCAUUCCUAUUUCCUCCACCAUCCAACUAAUACACCAAGUCUCUGUGUCCUGCCUCUCCUUCUCACUCGCAUCAAAGGAAAACAAACCACCAAAGGCCCCAGGUUCCUCUAAAUUCAAACCUGUACAGGAGGUGAUAAAUUUUGACCAUCAGCAUGACCCAUGCCCAGAAGCCAGGCAGAAGCUCAGAGAAAUGUGUCGAUUUAUAGAGGAAGAGAAGGCUGCAAUGAAAGCAAAAGGUCACACAAGGCCCCUCACAGUGCGAAACUAUGCCUCUGUGCUCGGGUCACUGUCCGUCUCUCCUAAGAAAGGUGGGCAGAUGGUUCCACAGCCAACAGAACACAAGCUUAAACCACCAAAGCUCUAUUUUGCCUUUCCUGAUGGCACAACGUUUAUUUUUUAUCCAACAGGAAGUAUUGCUGCUUGCCAGUUCCCCAUGUGCUGCAUGGGAAAAACAAUCACCCUUCUCUUUAAUAAUGCUCCAAGCCUAGCUCUGCUUGCCUCUUUUAUAGUGGACCACCAGGCAUGUGUGUGUUACUCCUUCAAAGCCAGAUGUUCACUUGCAUUAAUGAUGGAUCUUGAAGGUGGAGCAGUUUGGGACAGAGAUGGAUAUUUAACACAUAAGUGGAGUUGGUCUUCAAAGACCCAAAUUUUACAGUCUUUAGAAUUUCAGAUAAAUGAAGAGCUAAAACUGAAGGUACUUGGUGAAAAUUCCAUUACGCUUUCUUUUUCCUGUUUGAAUGAGACCAUCAAUAUGUCUUUGUCAAGAGCUCCAUGUACACACCCUCCCAAAGCUGACAAACGGGAAUUUGCAAAAGCAAAUGACAGUGAGGAGAAGGAGCAACAACUGAAGAGAGCCUUAGAAGAGAUUAAGAAGCGAUUUCAGAAAACAGUGAAACAAUUUAUAAAUGCCAUUUUGAUAGCAUCAGGUAUAAUUCCUAUAGAAUAUCCAGUCCUAGCAGAAGCAAAGCAUGUCAAAUUUAAAAUGAAACCACCACCAUCUCAGACCUGGGCUAAAAGAGCGAAAGAAGAAUGUUUUCCAAUAGCAUCAGAAACAAAAAGGCCUCAAAAACCUCCUAGAAGGCCUGCUGAUAGAAGGGUUCCUUCUAAGCCUUCUAGCCGACUUGUGGACCAAAGGAGACCUUCCAGUUACUUGGAUACAGUGACUCAACCAAAGCCAGCACCCAGAGUUAAAACUGUUUCAGCUGCGGAUGCCCACCCUCCCAGGACCUGGGCAUCCUCUACUGCUGACUGCCCAAUUGUGCUCCGGAGGCUGCUGUCCAAACAGGAUUCUGGUUUGGGCUGCAAAUGUGUCGUGAAAAUUCCAUUUGUUACCGACUUGGAGUUUGACAAGUUUAUCUCAGCCCCCAGAAAGUCUGAUCAGAUCCUGGUGAUCUUUGUCCUGUCAUCCCAAAAUCCUUCCUAUUCUCCCUUCUUGGAGUGGAUGUUACAGAGUCUAUACAUGGAAGAACAGCAUGGCCGCCCGUCCCCUUGCAUUCAGUGCAGACAUGACCCUUACCGCUUACUGAGGUAUGACAUGGACAGGGUCAUAAGACAAAAGCCACCCCUGCCUCCUCUCCUCGUGCGGAAGCAUGCUGUCACUCCGGGAAUGGUGCUGAUGUACGCUGGAGGGAAGCUGCUCUUCGGGGGCUCUGUUUUCAACGGAUAUGGCUGCAGCAAGAAGGACCUGCUGAAGCAGAUCAGCCAAGCUCGCCUCGACUGCAAGAUGGGUCACUUCCUGCCAGAGAGUUUCAAAUUUAGUGCUAUCCCUGUAGAGGACCCUGACCAGGACAAAUUGAAGAAUGAAGAAGAUUCAGUGGAGAAAAGUAGUGAAGAGCCUCUCUCAGUGCCCAAGGGGGAAAAUGCUUCUCGCUCAAAGCUAAAGCUACUAAGGACUUUGACAGCCAUUAAGUGCAUCCGUUCAAUGCAAGAACAGAAGCAGAAGAAAAACCAAAAAUCUCAGAUAGCACAAGCAAAAGGGAACAGAAAGAACAGUGAGACCAGUAAAUAGACACCUCACGGAUCAAUUUCACACCGACAGAGACAUGGCCAAAACUAUUUAAACUUACUCUGCCAUUUUUUCCAAUCUGUUAUAUUUUGAUUGCUAAUAACCAGAAAUAUUUACUUUUCAAAUCUGAAUAUAAAAUUGCAGUCAGCAAGUGCGUCUUUGUUUGCUUAGUCCUGUUUUCUUCAAUUAAAGAAAGUUUACCCCAUAUACAAUGGUCCUGAUGACAGCAUAACUCCUGGAGAAUCCCAAAAGAACA